AUGUCUGAUGCUCUUGACCUAUCCUUGUUGAAAGGAAGUCCCCAGCAGAGGGAAGAAAUCUCUGCCGCGCUGCUUCACGGUCUUAAGACUCGAGGCGGCGUCAAGCUGAAGAACCAUGGUCUUCCCGACAAGCUUGUUUAUGACCUGUUUGACUGGACGCGGAAGUUCUUCGCUCUUCCCUACGAGGAUAAGAUGAUCGCAAAGCACCCUCCCAAGGCAAACCCCAACCGCGGAUAUUGCUACGUUGGACAGGAGUCCAUUUCGACUAUCAGUGGCUAUGAGAAGGGCCUUCCUCAGGGCAAGUUUGUCCGUGACAUUAAGGAAACAGUCGACUUUGGAUCCCCCCGUGACGAACUCGUAGACAACAUUUGGGUCCCUGAAGAAAAGCUUCCGGGCUUCCGCAAGUUCAUGGAAGAUUUCUACGAAACAUGCUUCAAGCUCGAACUCGAGAUUCUCGCUGCCCUUGCCAAGGCCCUCGGUGUCGACGAGACGCAAAUGGUGACCCUACACAACAAAGCCGAAAACGAGUUCCGCAUCCUCCACUACCCAGAGGUUCCCGCAUCUGAACUAGCUGAUGGCACAGCAACACGUAUUGCAGAGCACACAGACUUUGGCAGCAUCACUAUGCUGUUCCAGGACUCUGUUGGCGGGUUGCAGGUUGAGGAUCAACAAAACCCGGGUGUCUUCCGCGGAAUCGAAUCAGCAGACAAGACGGAAAUCAUUUUGAACAUCGGUGACUCGAUGCAGAGACUGACGAACGAUACUUUUCGCGCUGCGUGCCACCGCGUCACAUACCCGCCUUCUGUUAAGACUGGGGUGGAAGCUGUUAUCCCUGAGCGGUAUUCGAUUGCAUACUUUGCGAAGCCGAACCGCACGGCAUCGCUGUUCCCUUUUAAGAAGUUUAUUACGCCUUCAACGCCUUGCCGGUACGAUGAUAUAAAUGCGUGGGACUACCAAAAUCUUCGGAUCUCCAAACUAUUCAAAUAG